UACUUUCGCAAGGCACUGUACAUGUUGUACAUGUAUGGUUUAUAUUAUAUAUGGGUUAUGCAUCAAAAAAUGGUUUAUUUACCAAGAAUGUUCAAUAUCAGUCCUAAUAACAGGAUAGCAAACUAAUGCCAGUCAUCACCCUGUUUUGUAUUGAUACGGUUCUUGCUACAAUUUGUACAGAUGAGGAGUUUGAUGUACAGUGUAGGUUUGUUUCAAGGCUUGAGGUACAGUACAGGUUUGUCUUUCUUUUUCUGCCAUCUGUUUUAUAGGCAUAGCAGUAGCAUUGAAUAUUCUAUCUAACAAUACAACCUUGCCAAUAGCCUUGGUCCUACAUUUCAUGCAUCACACAGUAUUCUUCAGUGUGUUAAAGGUCAUUGACCUCAUGCUAUGACAUGCUUCUACGUGGGUAGUAGUAUCCUGUCUGAUGAUGAGGCAGUGGACAUGUUUUUCUUGAAACAGCUGAAAGGAUUUCACUGUUGCUGAUUUGAAAGCGUAAGAGCACAUCAAGAAAAAUAAUCAUGUGGCUUGGAUAAACAUGUCUGUCUCCUCAUUUCUUGGAAUAGAUUAAACUGAAUCUGUGAACACAAUGUUGUGUCAGUCAGUGUCAGUCUAUGUAAUGUGUAUCACUAUGAGCAACCAGCUGUGUUUGCGUAACAGUUUUAAUAGAUGUGGUCUCUGGAAAUAUAAUGCAAAAAGGGUUAGUCACAGUCAGCCCUGAGUACGUUGAGAUGACUACUGUAGAGAGGAACCGUAUCACUUCCUGUCCAAUACACUCUCCUAUUGGAUGAGAGCAGUUGUGGGUGGAAGCGGGAGAAUGUAUGUUAGCUCUUUGUGAGUGCAGCUGAGUUAACGAAAAACCUGAGACAGGGAGUGAAGAAUAAACAUCUUGUGUCGAAUAAACAAUAUCUCGACCAGGCUUUUUGUUUAAGGAAAGAGGAAGAGGUGUUGUUAGCGUACUUCAGAACAGUAGAGCUAGCAUCACAGACCUCUUGUAUCAAGCCUUUCCAUUGAACCGUCUGGGUGCAUGUGCUGCUGCUACCUGUCCAAUCUGUAAUUACCGCCACCUGCUUUGGCAACCUUUCCAUGACCUGAGAGCUGAGCCGUCUGAACUCUCCCUGAAGCAGACGCUUCUCCCUCAAGUCUCUUUUUCUCUCCACUUCUGCCUCACCUUCAACCAUAAGGUUCAAAGUAGACAUGCAUUACAUAGUGUUCUCGCCUGUGUACCUGUUGAUGUGGCUGUACACGCUCAUCACGUUUAUCCCAUGGUAUUUCCUCACUGAUGCUGGGAAGAAGAAAGCCAUGGCAAAGAGAGAGAAAGCCAAGUCCACCACAGGCAAAGCAGAGGGCCCCUAUCGUUGUGUGGAGAACUUUGACAACCUGGCCCGGGAGGACUUUGAGGGAAAGGACACUCUAGACAAGCUGUUUGAGCAUGCAGUGCAGCGCUUCGGCAACACAGACUGCCUGGGCACCAGGGAGCUCCUAAAUGAGGAGAACGAGACGCAACCCAGCGGCAAAAUCUUUAAGAAGCUGAUCCUGGGGGAGUACAGGUGGCUGUCCUAUGACGAGGUGGACCAGAUCAUCAGUCAUCUAGGUAGUGGACUGGCAGCCCUGGGCCAGCAGCCCAAGAGUACCAUCGCCAUCUUCUGUGAGACACGAGCAGAGUGGAUGAUCACUGCACAGGCCUGCUUCAGACGCAACUUUCCAUUGGUCACUCUGUAUGCCACCCUGGGGGAGGAGGCAGUGGCCUAUGGCCUGAAUGAGUGUGGGGCCACUCACCUGAUCACCAGCACAGAGCUACUGGAGACUAAACUCAAGAGUAUUUUGCCAGAAAUGCAUAACCUGAAGCACGUUAUCUAUGUGGACAACAAGAGCAUCAGAAGGACAGGUUACCCAGAGGGCAUUCAGAUCCACAGCAUGCAGGCAGUACAAGAGCUGGGAGCCAAACCUGACAACUUGAGUAUAGCUGUGCAGCGGCCCCAGCCCACAGACCUGGCUGUGGUCAUGUACACCAGCGGCUCCACAGGACAACCCAAAGGAGUCAUGAUCAUCCACAGCAAUCUUAUUGCUGGCAUGACGGGCCAGUGUGAGAGGAUCCCAGGCCUGGGGCCGAAGGAUACCUACAUUGGCUACCUGCCUCUAGCUCAUGUGCUGGAGAUGACUGCUGAGAUCUCAUGUAUGACGUAUGGCUGCAGGAUUGGCUACUCUUCCCCACAAACACUCUCUGACCAGUCAACAAAAAUCAAGAAAGGCAGUAAGGGAGACUGCUCUGUGUUGGGGCCUACUCUGAUGGCAGCUGUUCCGGAAAUAAUGGACCGCAUCUACAAGAAUGUGAUGAACAAGGUGCAGGAGAUGAGCUAUGUGCAGAGGACUCUGUUUAAACUGGGCUACAACUACAAACUGGAACAGAUCAAAAUGGGCUACGAUGCCCCUCUCUGCAACUUGCUGCUGUUUAAGAAGGUGAAGGCUCAGCUGGGAGGGAACAUCAGGAUGAUGCUGUCAGGAGGGGCACCCUUGUCCUCCGCCACACAGCGAUUCAUGAACAUCUGCUUCUGCUGCCCUGUGGGACAGGGCUACGGCCUCACAGAGACCUGCGGAGCAGGUACCAUCACAGAGGUGGCAGACUACAGCACUGGGAGAGUAGGAGCCCCCCUCAUCUGCUGUGAGGUCAAACUACGAGACUGGGUUGAGGGUGGAUACACCAGUCAGGACCAGCCCCACCCGCGUGGAGAGAUCAUGAUUGGUGGGCCCAACGUUACCAUGGGUUACUAUAAGAGUGAGCACCUGAACAAUGACUUCUGGGUGGAUGAGCAGGGCCAGAGGUGGUUCUGUACCGGGGACGUGGGGGAGAUUCACCCUGAUGGCUGUCUGCAGAUAGUGGACCGUAAGAAGGACCUGGUCAAACUGCAGGCUGGAGAAUACGUGUCCUUGGGGAAAGUGGAGUCUGCUCUGAAAAACUGCCCCCUUAUUGAAAACAUUUGUGCAUAUGCAAACAGUGACCAGAACUAUGUGAUAAGCUUUGUGGUACCGAACCAGAAGCAGCUGACAAUUCUGGCCAAUAAGAACGGCAUCAGUGUCGCCUGGGAGGAGAUCUGUAACCACCCGGCCAUGGAGAAAGAGGUCUUGAAGGCCAUCAAAGAGGUGGCUACCUCAAUCAAACUGCAGCGUUUUGAGAUCCCAGUGAAAGUGCGUCUGAGCCCAGAGCCCUGGACCCCUGAGACUGGCCUGGUGACGGACGCAUUCAAACUGAAAAGGAAGGAGCUGAAGAACCACUUCCAGACUGAUAUCGAGAGAAUGUAUGGAGGGAAGUAGAGCCACUAUCUGAUCUAACCUAAGAACGGUUUCCUGACAACUUUCACCAGUGAAAUGAGUGGGUGCGUGUCUGAAUGUGUGUGUAUGAUUGCGUACGUGUGCAUAUGCUUCAACGCACAUGUGAAACUCCACGGCGGGCUGAGUGUCUGCGGGAUUUCGCUCAUCCCUUGUACUUGGUUGAUGAAAUAAGGUCACUAAUUAGUAAGGAACGCACUUCACCUGGUUGUCUGUCUUAAUUGGAUGGAAAAAUCAAAAACCUGCAGACACUUUGCCCUCUAUGGAAUGAGUUUGACACCCUGCUUCACAGCAUUAUGUCUGUGAACUGUAGAAUUGUCUUUCCACGUUGUCUCUUUUGUCACAUUAUGAAUGUCAGUCCAUAAAGUUCAGCACAAAGGGAUCAGCUGGUUAGUUACGGCUAUUUGUGUUGGAGAUCGCACAGCGUUGUGUAAAACGCCAUUCGAAUGCAAGUCUUGUAUUUGCAUAUUGUAAUUUGCCUUUGGGAUUUAUUAUGACAUGUCUGUAAAUACUACUAUUUUUGUGUCUAAUUGAGGUAGGAGUCAUAAUGGCCUUUUCUCAAUGAGAUUUGCUCAACUCCGGAGUCCUCUCUUCUCUGUCCCAGCUGGCCUCCUUUUGAGAAAGGUCAACAUAAUUGAUGAAAACAUUUUUGCUGCCCCCUAGUGAGCAAGCCCCCACAGUGCUGCUGUAUAAAUUGUUUGCUUGUUCUGUACAUAGGAUCACAUUAUUGCCACGCAACUGCUGAGCCCCCACAAUCCUUUAGGCUAUUGCACAUAGAUCAAACCUGAGUGUAACUUUGGCCAUUUCUGUCACCUGUGCUUGUGUAAUUUAUGUUUUGAACCUGCUCAUGACAUUGUUAUAGUGACCCAACCCAAGUAUGUCACGUUAUGUUUUAGAUUUUUCAGAUACUAGGUAAAUGGUUAAUGUCAUAUUUGCUAUGUUACAGCAUGGAUUAUCAUUUUUAUUUGAGCAAAAAUGAAGAUAGUCCUUUAGCCUUCUUUUUCAUGCUGAUCUCUUCCUAUAACUCUGUUGUAUACUGUACAAUAUUUAUAGUCUUAGAUAAUGUUUCAAGUCAUCUUUAUAAUGUACUGUAAUAGUUCUACAUUUCUGACCUAUGGAUAUUCCAACUUAAUAGCCUAUACUCUUAAAUAAUUUGACAUUUUGUGACAAAGUUUAUCCAGAUAUGAAAUACUCAAUAUAAUUCAAUGCAAUUUUUGAAUUAUAUGAUGUUGAAAAUCCAAUUGAGUUGCAUGUGUAAAGAACUUCUAUUUAAAAUAUUUUGUAUGUAUAUGAAGGUCAAGUUAAACGUUGAACCAUUUUACAUUUUUUGGAUGAAUUUGUACUGUUGAACUGUUUAAAGGUCACAAUUGUGCUUCUUGAAACUUUGUGUGGAACCUUAAUGAAAAUGCUGUGUAUCAGCAAGUUUGCGUUGUCAUUCAGAAGCUGUUUAAUGUGGCAUAUAAUGCAGUAGAAGAGAAUUGAUGGGGUUGUGACAACUGAAACGUGCAAAUCAAUGCCAAAAAUAAUAUUCCAGGAUGCAUUGCAUUCAUAACAUAUAUAAUACCAUACUAAUCCAUUGAGUCCUAUCACGGCUAUGUUCCAAUAGGAGUAAGAAAGGUCAAAACAUUAUUUUUGUGAAGGUUUUAUUAUUCUUAUACUCAGGGUUACAUCCACCAAGAAUGCAACUGCGGUAGUAUUUAUUUUGAGACCAACCUUUAAUCUUAUGUUAAUUGUGAAGCACUUAGGUUGUGUUUACAAUGGCAGCCCAAUUCUGAUAUUUUUUCCACUAAUUGCCAUUUUGACCAAUCACAUCAGAUCUUUUCACAUCAGAGCUGAUUGGAUUAAUCAAAAUGCCAAUUAGUUCAAACAAGUUCAGAAUUGGGCUGCCUGUGUAAAUGCAGCCUUCUCUCUCCAUUUAUAUUGAUGUGAUGUUUGGUUAAUUUGUAUUAUUUAUUCAAAUCUGUUAAUAUGUGAAUGAAACCAUGUGUGAUAGGGAUGGGCAGUGUGUACCUUCUGGUUAUGUCAUUUGAAAGUACAUAUUCUUUUUAUAUGAACAUAUUAAAGCUUUCUGCCCACUGUAAAA